CCAGCUGGUGACGUCACGCCCUGGUACCCGGAGGGUGCAGCAAGAUGGCGGAUGGCCGGAGCCGGGUCUCCCCCGCCUGCCUGCUGACCCUGGGGGCUUUUCUCAUCCUGUCCUGCCGCCCAGUCUCACCCGGGACCUGCAGGCACCGACCCCCCGAGCCCGAGGAGGUCGUGUACAAAGUGCGUCAGCGGUCAAAUCACGUUUCCAAAAGAGCGACAGAGCACCGGCUGCGGGUGAACAUCGUGUACGACGACAGCAUUGAGCAGCUCGUUUCAGCAAAGAGAAGACUCGUCACAAAUAAGCUUUUCCCGCAAGCAAUAGCCUAUUUGGAAAAGACGCUCCGUGUCCGCAAGCCGAGCGGCUCCAUUCUGCUGAGCAGGCAGUGCCAGAAUAAUCAGUAUCUUCGAAAGCUGCGCGAUCCUCACAGAUACUGUCACGGAGCCUGCGCACGGCAGACGCGAUGCGGACCUGUUGUUGUGCCAGAAAAACAUUUGCAGCAAUGUAUGGUGUGCAGUGAUACCGAGUGGCAUUGUGGGCCCUCGGGGGCCCCGGAUGGUGCUGGUGUUCAGGACGCAGACUUUGUGCUUUAUGUUAGCGCACUCACCACAGAUCGCUGCCGGCAGGAGAACAUCGUCGCGUACGCAGCGUAUUGCCAACUCGAAGCCGAGAUGGACCGGCCUAUAGCUGGAUAUGCCAACCUCUGCCCAGCCAUGAUUUCCACCCAGUCGCAGGAAUUUGUCGGCAUGUUAUCCACCGUGAAGCAUGAGAUAUUGCACGCUUUGGGUUUCUCGGCCGGCCUCUUUGCAUUUUACUACAACGACGAUGGAAUCCCCCUGACAGAAAGACACGCCAACGGCCUCCCGCGCUUUAAUGACAGUCUAGGUGUAUACCAGUGGAGCGAUAAGGUCGUUCGCACCGUGUCGAGGAUUUGGGAUGUGCGCGGCCCCGGCGUGCUCCGGCACAAUGUCUUCCUGCUGGUCACUCCGAGGGUCACCGAGGAGGUGCGGAAGCAUUUUGAUUGCCCGGUUCUAGAGGGGAUGGAGCUUGAAAACCAAGGAGGUAUGGGAACCGAAAUGAACCACUGGGAAAAGCGCCUGUUGGAGAAUGAGGCCAUGACCGGGUCGCACACACAAAACCGAGUGUUUUCCAGAAUUACUUUGGCACUGAUGGAGGACACCGGCUGGUACUGGGCCAAUUAUAGCAUGGCCGAGCGACUGGACUGGGGCCGCGGGAAAGGAUGCGACUUCGCAAUGAAAAGCUGCAAAUUCUGGAUUGAUCAACAAAACGCGAAGAAGCAGAGUGUGAGCCCUUUCUGUAACACCAUGAGAAGUAAUCCGUUAAAAUUAACAUGCAGGCAAGACAAGAAGGCCGUGGCCAUAUGUAACCUGCAGAGGUUCCCCAAACCACUUCCCCAGGAAUACCAGUAUUUCGAUGGCGUUCCUGGAGUGUCGGCGGAGGAUCUCGCAUACUACGGCGGCGCGGUGGAAAUUGCAGACUUUUGCCCGUUCACGCAAGAAUUCAGCUGGCAUUUAAGUGGCACAUUCCAGCGCAGCUCUGACUGCACCAUUUCUGACAACCAGCCAGUACCUUCUAGGAACUUUGGUGCGGAGAGGUACGGUCCGGAGUCCGCCUGCUUGGAGCAGAGAUCCGCAUUCAUUAUGGAGCAGUGUUUCAAGAGGAUGAGUUACCCGGACUGGGGAAGCGGCUGCUAUCAGGUGCAGUGCUCUCCAGAAGGGCUGCAGGUCUGGGUGGAAGACUCUUCUUACCUGUGCACCCGCGCAGGCCAAAUACUGACUAUUAGCAUCCAGAUGAAUGGGUGGCUUUAUGGUGGGAACCUGAUCUGCCCAUCUUGCUGGGAUUUCUGUGACAACUGCCCUCCUGAACGAGAACCCCCUCAAGACAACAGGACCAGGGUCACCCCUCUUGAUCUCUGCUCUCGUUCUUCAAACCUGGUUGUGGCCCUGUGGCUUCUGAUGCUGAACUUGCUCCCCCUGCUGGCAGGGUUCUUUCUGUGUGUCUACUAAUAACCCGGAAUCUGCGCUGCUUCUUCUGGGCUCGCUCUGUCACCGUGAUACCAGCAGCACCUCGCUGGGUUUCAGGGCAGAACGAGGUCUGGAUAUAAAGUUGGACCAAGAACCACGUGGGCAUUUUACGGCUCAGGGUAACAGACUUCGAUUUAACGAAUAGUGAUCAUUGCGGGGGAUCCGUGGAUCUUCCCCCAUACUGUGAU